UGCGCAGGCGCGGUGGCGGCGGGCUGAGAUUUAAAGGGGAAGCCCCCCCCCCGUCCGCCGCCUCCUCCUCUUCAAGAGGGGACUUUAUUUAAGUAUUUAUUUGUUCCCUAUUUCGGAGGGGCUGUGGCCUCUCUUCCUGGGCGAAAAUGGUUUGCGGGGGCUUCGCCUGCUCCCGCAAUGCGCUGUGUGCCCUCAACGUCGUCUAUGUGCUGGUCGGGCUGUUGCUGAUUGGUGUAGCUGCCUGGGGUAAAGGCUUCGGCAUUGUUUCCAGCCUCCACAUCAUCGGAGGGGUCAUUGCUGUGGGUUUCUUCCUGCUUCUCAUCGCCAUCGUGGGGCUCAUCGGUGCUAUCAACCAUCACCAAGUCAUGCUCUUCUUUUAUAUGAUAAUUCUAGGGCUAGUCUUUAUUUUCCAGUUUGGGAUUUCCUGUUCAUGUCUGGCACUCAAGAGAAGUAAACAAGAAAGUCUCUUGAGUGGUGCCUGGAAAAUGAUGAACGUUGACACCAAGAAAUCAUUGGAAAGUAAUUUAAACUGCUGUGGAUUAUUCAACAACACCAAAUCUGCUGACACAUUCAAAGCUGAUGUUGAUUCUUGUACUGCAGCUUGCAAAAAAACGAGGUGCCACACUUGUGGUGAGGUAAUGAUGGAACAUGCAGGAGAAGUCUUGAAAAUCCUUGGUGGAGUUGGACUCUUCUUCAGCUUCACAGAGAUCCUUGGAGUGUGGCUUGCCAUGCGCUACAGAAACCAGAAAGACCCCAGAGCCAACCCUAGUGCCUUUUUAUAGAACCCUCCCCCUCCACCUCUUCCCAUGCCUCCUAUACCUUCUUUUAGUUAGCUGCUUAUCACCUAUAUUCAAGGUAUCUCAUUACCAUCACUUAAAAACAAAGCACCCUUUGCAGCCCUUUGAAGAAAGUAAGAGACGCUUUGCCAUUGUGCCAAACUGCUGAUUGGGGGAAAUAGCAGAGCAAAGGCUGCAUCCUUGGGCAUGAAGCCUUUGGCAAGUGGCAAAGGGGACCUACUGAGACAAACAAACUUGGGGACAUCACUGGCAUAAAAUGAUGUGACCUGCCAAAGUACACAUCAGUGCUGCUCCUUGCUACAAUCAUUCUGGUGUUUUUAAAGAAUGUACUUUGGGAUCGUUACAUUCAUUGUUGUUUUUUAAACUCCCUGAAAUUGCUCCCUUUGCAAAAGGGAAAAGCAAAGGGCUCAAUGCCAUUGUUUGGUCAGUGGAAGAGUCAACGCCGUUACCAUGCAUUGCUUUACAUUGUGUGUUUGUUGUAGUCUCACUUGGACUAAUGUGAAAUAGACACAAAAUAACCCAGCAAGCAAAUUCAGACAAAAGAUUUUACAUUUUAGUCAAACACAAGGAUUAAGUUAUUCUCAUGUGUGUGUGUGUGUGUGUUUUAAAAAGAAACAAACCUCAGUUGAUGUUUUCCUGAAUUCCUUGUUUACAAUCAUUGGUACAGGCCACCUCUUUAAAGAGAAAGCAGAGGCCUGUGUAAAUUUACCCAGAGAACGUAAUAACUCAUUAUGUAACUUAAGGCUGUAUCAAUGUUACAGAUUUGCAAGCUGGCUUGAUAGUGGUUUUUCUCAUGAUUUGUUCUAGCAAGAGGGACUAAUAGGAUUGUCGGUCUUUUAAGAUUGAGAUUCCCUGUCCCUUUGCAGUACUACUAUCCCUAUGAUUCCUUGAUUGGACAAACUGCUGUAUGUUGCAUUGUAGAUAUGACCUGCUCUGUUUGGACUCCUAUCCCUGUGUUCCUUUAGUGUAAGGAUGUAUGAGGGAAAUAGAGAUAGCUCUGUGGGAUGCUUUGCAAACUGUUUUUUGAGAACUUACCUCCAAUUUUGUUCCAAUGUCAUUUUGAACUCCACAAUAAUUUUGCUUCUAGAUGAGAAGAGACUGUAGAAUCUAUAACCACAAUUUGGCUGGAAACAAAUGCUGUGAGCUAGCAUCACGCUCCUUCUGCACUACUUCAGGUUAGCAGUCUGGGAAUACGUUUUAUUGGGCUGUGAUUCUAUUCUCCUAAACCAGUAAUUCUCAACCUGUGGGUCCCCAGAUGUUUUGGCCUUCAACUCCCAGAAAUCCUAACAGUUGGUAAACUGGCUGAGAUUUCUGGGAGUUCUAGGCCAAAACACCUGGGGACCCACAGGUUGAGAACCACUGUCCUAACCCAUUCCACCCCUCAAAGUCUUGGUCGAGAGAAAUCAUGGGUUCUCAUAGUAGUUUGUUGCCAGUUUCCUACUCAAGAAGGGAGAAUGAAUGCUUAUGGUCACUAAUGAAGGAUCUUAGGAUCCCGCAAAGGCCACUUUUUCGUUCUCAGCACUGUAUCAUCAUUACACCUUGGAAAGCAUCCAUCUUCGCUUCUUUCUGAAUGGAAGUAGAAAGCUGGUUAUGACAGCAGAGCAAAAGAUCAAGUACUAUUCCACAUCACCAGAGACUGAGAAAGGGCAGGUGUGACGCAUUGCGUCUCUGAAACAUCAACAAAAACUGCAAGGAAGGGAAGAUGACGAUUGGAACAGGAGGCAAGUGUUGGAAAGGACUGCCUUCUUGCUUUGUUUACUGCUCCAGCACAGCACCAAGAGUGUUUCCUUUUCCUACAAGCCACUUUGUAAAGAGAGAAAGAAACCUCCCAGAUGAAGGAAGACUCUUGAUGUGCUUUUGGAUGGAGAGCAGCAGUGAUUCCCUUAACUACCAAUGCAAUGAUGGCACAUGCCCACCUGCUCUUAGUGAAUGCUAGCACUAGAUAGAGCAUGGUGAUAAAGACAUCAGAAGGAAAGCUUAGGAGUAAAGGUGAAGAUCUAAAGAGAACCAUUGGAAUUUCUAUAUGCCAUUCAUAUUUACAGUCACCAGGCUACUUCUUUUGGGGUGGUCUCGUGAUGAGGCAGUAGAGAAGCACCUAAGUUUGGAGCAGAUAGAAAUAAGUUGGCAGCCACGUCCUGAGAGUGUUCUGUUCAGCUCUAGGUGAAGGUCCAUCCAAGAAGAUGACUUCCUCAGACAGUUUACUUAGUACUUUGGGAUAACCAUGUGGGAAUACUAAGCAUUAAAAAGAUAUGCUCUAUAAUCUGAUGUGCUUCCUUUUCAGAACAGUAAUUACUAGUAAGCAUUCUUGUCCUCUAGUCCUAUCCAGUUAAAGUCUCAGGUUGGGUGAGGAGACUUGCUGAUCUCCAUUUGUAGGGAUUGGUUGAAUCUAGAUGCCAUGCACUUUAUGGGAGUACACAAGAUUUACUCGGCCAGGGAAUAUAGAUGUAUCCUCAUCCUAUUCACGUUUGACUUGACAGAUGCCUGCUUGCCACUUAUUUUUAAUUUUAAAAGGGGGAGUUUGACUUGCUGCUUCCCUUUGGUGGAUGGCUUUGAAUGCUGCAUAUUUUCUCGAGACUAUCCUUGCCUUUUACUUAGUGGCAGAUAAAGGAGGAAGAGCACAAGGGGCUUAACAUUUGCAUAAAAGCUAUGAUGCUCAACAUGUUUCAGGUCACCUUUCCUUCUGAUGGCUUUGUUGAGAACAACAUGCUUCUACCAUCAUGUAUAACUGGAUUACUCAAAUUGUAGAUUGGAGUUGCCCUGUUACAGAUCAUUUGAAUAAAUACAUUUCUGUCAAA